UAGGUUCGCAAGUGUUAGCGUUUCGGAUUGUCAUCGACGGUGGUGGCCAUGGCGGAGCGUACGCUGCUUGCCAGGCGCACGACGGCCUUCGCCCCUUCGCCAAUUCAGCAGCUAUCGCUGCUUGCACAACGAUGCAAUGCUAUCAAUCUUGCCGAAGGGUUUCCCGACUUUCCAGCUCCACCCGAAAUCAAGGAGGCUGCUAUUGCUGCAAUCAGGAGUGAUUUUAACCAGUAUCGACAUGUGCAGGGCGUAUGUGAAAAGGUUGCGGAGGCGUUUGAAAUGUCGCAUGGUGUGAGGGUUGAUGCAGCAACACAGAUCACUAUCUGCUGCGGCCAGUCGGAAGCUAUGGCCGCCACUGUUUUUGCUGUAGUGGAAGAAGGCGACGAGGUUGUGCUUCUUGAUCCAGUAUACGAAACGUACCAGUCAUGCAUCAUACUUGCAGGAGGAACCCCUAGAUAUGUGUCUUUAAACCCGCCCCAUUGGAGUUUGGAUUUUGAAAACUUGGAGAGCGCGUUUGGCUCGAAGACAAAAGCCAUUAUAAUUAACAGCCCCCAUAAUCCCACUGGCAAAGCGUUCAGCACGAGCGAGCUCGCCAAGAUAGCAACUUUAUGCUGCAAGUACGACUGUCUAGCAAUUACUGAUGAGGUGUAUGAGCACAUCAUCUUUGACGGACGUGAGCAUGUGAGUAUAGCGUCAUUUCCAGGCAUGCAACAACGAACUAUUGUGACAUCUUCGUUAUCCAAGACGUUCAGUGUGACAGGAUGGCGAAUUGGGUGGGCAGUAGCACCGGCCACUAUAAGUGCUGCAAUCGGAAACAUCCACGUAAAAAUGACAGAUUCUGCACCAGCUCCUUUUCAAGAGGCCGCUCUUGUAGCGCUUCAAAGCACGACUAACUUCUUCACGCAAUUAAAACAGGAAUACGAAGAAAGGCGAGACUACGUCUGUGAAAUGCUUCUGCAAGCUGGCUUCUCCAACUUCUUAAAACCAGAAGGCUCUUUCUUCGUAUUCGCAGAACUUCCUAAGGCAUGUCCUCUUAAUGAUAGCGUGUUUCAGGUGGAUUAUGUAGCAGAACUCAUUCAAGGAGCUGGCGUUGCCGUAGUCCCAGGGCGUGGGUUCUUUCAUCAAGCUGCUGAUACUGUUGGACAAUCUACCCAAUUUAAGGAUCAAUCUAAUACUGGAGAAGAGCUUUCAGCUGAGGAAGUUUAUGAUAGUAAUGGAGCAACCAAAUUUGGUGAGCUUUGCAUUCAGAACUAUACAACACGGUAUAUAAGAGUGGCUUUUUGUAAGGACAUGGCCACUCUGAGGGCUGCUAAAACUGCAAUCCAGAAGCACCUUGCAUUGGUGGACCCUGAUACAGGGCAUAAACAGCACUAUUCUUCUCAGUGUAGUCUUGAUCGUCCCCAUUUCUUCACGUGAAGGGUGCAUGUGGGCAUUUUAUAAAAUUCAAUGUUGAUGUAACAUACGGUGCUUGUUCUUCACGCCUA